CCCAUGAGAAUCCCAUCGCAAAUUACCAUGGACAUCAUCUGAAUUGACUUGAUAUCAUUCUGCUGCCUGCAUCAAUCAUACUCGCAUACCCCAGUUCUACAACAAUCAAAUCAACCCAAAGGUCCCAAACCACACAAAAUGCCUUCCUACGUCAUCACCGGAGCCUCGAGGGGCAUUGGCUGGGCACUCCUGGAGAACGUUUCCCGGUCCCAGGACAACAAGGUCGUCGGCCUCGUCCGCGACAAGGCCACGGUCGACAAGCGCGUGGCCCAAGAGCUCAAGGACCGCAGCAACAUCACCAUAAUCCAGGCGGACCUGAUCGACUACGACGCGCUGGAGCGGGCCGCCAAGCAGACGGCGGAGCUGACGGGCGGGGGCCUCGACUACCUCAUUGCCAACGGCGCCCUGAUGACCUUUACCGACGCCUACGACGUCGAGAACUUCGUCAAGUACAACGGCGCCGAGGGCGCGGCCAAGUACCUCCGCGACUCGCUCGAGACAAACGUCGUGGGCAACUUCAACCUCUACUCGCUCUUCACGCCGCUGGUCCUCAAGGGCGACACCAAGAGGGUCCUGUCCGUCUCGUCCGGCCACGCCGACCUGUCCCUCGUGAGCCAGUACCACCUCGAGGCCUGCGUCGCCUACGCCGCCAGCAAGGCCGCCCACAACAUGAUCACCGGCAAGUUCCACGCCCGCUACGCCAGGGACGGCGUGCUCUUCAUCAGCGUCUGCCCCGGGACCGUGGACACUCUUGACUUUUCCAACUUAAACGAAGGACAGCAGGCCGCCAUGGGACACAUGCAGGCCAUCUUCAAAGAGUUCCAGCCCGAGUGGAACGGCCCCAAGCCCGCGUCCGAGUCGGCCGUCGAGCUGCUGCGGAUCCUCGGCGAGUCCACCAUCGAGGCCAAGGGUGGUCAGUACUUUUCGCACACCGGCACCGACAAGUGGUUGUGAAGCGAGUCUUUUGAUACGGAUCAAAACAUGCAUUCCGGGAACGUUGAGCAGCCAGCGGUUGUCCGAUGUUGUAAUUGUUUGCGUGCGUCUCUGGUUGGGCUUGGGUUGAUCACAAAAGUAGCCACAGCCACUCUCGAUCUCCAUAAUACAAGUGAAUUAAUGUACGAGCCAUUACCGGCAGGCGACCGUAAUCUUGCUCUUAUUUUUGAAGAUGGCAUUAAAAUAAAGUC